CGAGGUGUGGGUAUACGCUUCGCGUCUUGCCGAUUCUCGCUGCCUCUCCGGCGUUUUUCUACGAGUACAAAAAAGAGUUCUCGGGGAUCUGCGCGACGCGCACGUUGUUCCGAUCGUCGGUGUAACUGCCGCGUGUUCCGGCGAGUAUCGCGAGUGAAUCGCGAUAUCUGUACAGUGGCGAAAACGAACGAUAGAGAGAAAGGGCGGUGAAAGACAGAGAGAGAGAGAGAGAGAGAGGAGGACGGUCGGAGUGCGGCUCGUGAUCGAUCUCAUAGUGUGUACGCGCGUCAAGGUGUUUUCUUUCCGCGGCCACCCGUCGCCGAUCUCUAUUAUGUCACCGGCCGCGCGUGCCGGUAGACCGCUCUGAUUCGAGAUACUUGCAAGGCACGCAAUAACGCCCGCCACGAUGCUGCCGCAGACACCUGACAUCAUCCCGACUACGUUGAACCAGCAAAAAUGCGUGAAAGCACGAGCUCUGUACGACAACAUCGCCGAGGCGCCUGAUGAGCUGGCUUUUCGAAAAGGCGACGUUCUCACCGUACUGGAACAGAACACUGCUGGUCUUGAAGGAUGGUGGUUGUGCGCUCUGCGAGGUCGACAGGGCAUCUGUCCAGGAAAUCGAUUGAGGCUUCUGGUUGGCCAAUACGAUACGGGGGGUUGUUUGGUCGGCAGCAGGGCCGACCUAACCAUUGCAGAAGAUGGCAUACAGAGACAUGGGAAAAGACGUAGCUGGCACGUACAGCCCAACAGGGUUGUGACGCCGCAGAAGUGUGGGGACGUCUACCUGUACGACCUCCCAGCAAGUCGGGGAAGUCCCGCGCCACCCUCCAGACACGAGUCACCCCUCAACUCGACGAACAAUGAGCAUUCGCACAAUACGGGACGAUAUACGAGCAACAAUGUACGAAGUUCUGUCGACAAUGGGGGCGGCGACGUGAACGAGUGUUACGACGUACCACCACGCGCGAUCCCGGUGAUCCCCUCGCCGGCGAGCAGCCCAAGUCCGGCUCCGUCGUGCUAUGAUAUCCCAAGGCCGCCGACAUCCUGCACACCCAACUCAAAUUGCUCCGGCGGUUCCGGCAUUACACCGCUGGAUUGUUACGACGUGCCGCGACCAUUGCAGCCCCUCACGCCCAGCAGCUCGGCCUCCAGCCUCACCAACGACGGCUCCCUCAGUGGAUCGAACAGAUCGAGUUUGGCCGCUCCAGAUUACGAUGUACCCCGACCGCGUCUUCCAGCGUCCUCGUUACCGUCCCGACACAAUACCCCCAUACCGAAGACCCCGACACCACCGCCACCAUCGCAACAGAUUUACGAUGUACCAGUUAGCAAGGAGCUUCCAUUGGAGUUGGACUCCGCUCUGGAAGGUUUGCAAAGGUUGCAAAGCGAGGCAUCUGCUGCGAUAGCGAGGCUACUGGGCUUCGUAAGCCCCGGUUGGAGAACACCACAGCGAUUGGAUGCCACUCUUAUGGACCUAAGGCUAGCUGCUCUCAGGCUUAGAACGUCUCUUCAUGAUCUCGCCGAAUUCGCGGAAGGUACGCUGGGCAAUGCAGGUAAAGCGCCAGAUAAGGGCCUGGCCACGAAAUUACGGCCGCUAGUGAAGGCGCUUCGUGAUUCUGACAAGCUCGUACAGGAAGCCGCUACUGAAUUGGACACGAUGGAAUGGGACGCGAGUAAACUCUGUCGUGGCGGUGGUGAUACACCGACACCUACUAAUGGACCUCCGUCCUCACUACUCCUACCUGUGCAGUCAGAUCCCCUUGAUCAGCUGAUCGCGUGCGCUCGAGCACUCACGGAAGACGUUCGUCAGGUUGCUAGUUUCAUUCAAGGAAAUUCCACGUUGCUCUUCAAGCGAGCGUCGAUCAUCUCCACGGGCAGCAGCAACAAUAGUGGCGCCGGAGAGGAUUAUGACUACGUAAAUCUCGACUCACGAGAGGUUGUAGCGAAGCAACGAGAAGAAUUGCGAGCUGCGCUGCCGCAGGAGCUCCGCAGCAACUACGAUCUGCUGGUGUCCGAGGCGGACAAUGCCGCGAUUCAGAUGCCACCCACGACCCCGACGCCCAUGGAUCCCAACGACAAGCAAUUGUUGGCCUUCUACGUCGCCCAGGUUAUCACGCACGGCGCACACCUGACUCACGCCAUCGACGCCUUUCUGCAAACGGUGGAGCAUAAUCAACCACCCAAGGUUUUCCUAGCUCACGGCAAGUUCGUCGUGCUGAGUGCGCACCGACUAGUGCACAUCGGCGACACGGUGCACCGAAAUGUGACACGCAACGAUGUGCGAACGCGCGUGCUACAAUGCGCGAACGCUCUGAACGAAGCGCUCGGGCAGACGGUGCAGAAGACGAAGCAAGCCGCUCAAUUCUUCCCGAGCGUUACAGCGGUCCAGGAGAUGGUCGACAGCGUCGUCGACGUCUCGCACUUGGCCAAGGAUCUCAAGGUCGCUAUGAUACACGCUGCUCAACAACCCUGAGGAGAAUUGUCACGAUGCGGUCACGAAACCACAAGUUCCUUCAGUUGAGACGCGGUCCACGGUAGAUUCUUCCUCGUUAACGGAGAAACUUUGAGACUGUGGAAGAUUCAAACGCGUAACGCGUUUUUGAAUUUAUCUCGCGAUUAGAAAUGAUAUACCGAUCGCGUUGAUAAUUCGAAGAUAACGCUUGUGGGAUCAUGUCGAGUCUCAUUCGCUGUAUUUUUUUCUUUCUUUGUCGAGAUUUUUAAACGAAUGUUGCUAAAAAUCUUCAGCACAUUGAUUAAAUAGAACAUUCUUUCUUAUACGAAAGUGGAUCAAAAGUAUCUCAGGAAUUUCUCAUGGAUGUGGUCUUUCAAGCGUUAUCUGAGAGAAUUAUUGGUGGCUGACUUUUGAUAUUCAGCCACUUACAAGUAGAAAUACAAUAGUAUCGAAUAAGUCUGUUAUUUUUUUUUAAAUGAGCACUAGUGCAAAAAGAACACUUAGAAUCCCAACAGUACUUUCGAUAUUAAAUGGCGAAAUAAUCAAACAUGAUCCAUAUACGCUUCACGAAAGUGAAAAAACAUGUCCGGAUAUUCGCACACUUUAGUGCGUCUCGUGCAGCUAUUAUCCUAUUUCAUUAUAAAGAAAAUCCGUGGCCUAAAAUAGGAACCUGCUACUGCCAAAGCUCCGGUAUAUAGAUCGUAAGAAACGAAGAAAACCACAACCCUGGAACGAGUGUCUUUGUAAUGUACUCGAAAAUAAUAUUAAGCAUUAUAAUCUUUCAUAGGAAAUAUAUGUAACCGUUUAAUUAGACGUUCAGGUAGACGUGUGAUGUGAAACGGAAUAUAACGAGGCCAAUAGCUUUCUGACUUGAAUAAAGCAUUUCCGAAAUGACUCGCGAAUUUGCGAUCUGGUAAACACUGUUAUUUUACCACGUCGUAAAGUCCAUUUCGGAUAUACGCCCACGACAUAUGCAGCUAAACGUGUUAGUAGUUUUAUAGAUGUAUGUAUACAAUAGAACAUUAUACACGCGAAUAGACAGCUUGUAUUCAUAUCUCUCUUUUAGAGAACAGGUUUCACCGAUAUCAGUUACCCGUAAUUUUACUUUCGCGAAUUCCUUGUUCUUUUCAAAAGAAUAAAAAUAAAAAGAAAUAACUUAAAUUGCAAUUACAAUUAACUGAUAUUGCUGAAAUCGAUGACUAGCAAGUUUAAUGACGGGUUUGAAGCGUUUUCCUGUAGUGAAGAAUCCUCGCUGCUUUUACUUAAAGGCAAAAGACCGAUAUGAAUACCAAUGUCGAAUUGAGGAACAAUCGUGUUUCUGUUUUUGUAACUCGAUCGUAUAUCAAAAAAUUGACACCAAGAAAAUUCAACGCAGAUUGCUCUGCAGGCAGUACCUUUUUGGGACAUCCCGUAAAGGUAAAUUAUUACUUAUUGCGGACAGUUUUUUUGGAAGACAAUUUUUAACGAAUUUUAUACAAAGCUUUUACCGCCGGGUUACGACUUUUUCGGAUGCCCAGGCCUUUUUACCAGGCUCUUCCAUAACAAUGAAUUAGUCACGUGCGCACAUUGUGAACCGCAAUCAGCGGCGGAUCGAAUUUGUUAACGCGCAAAAAUUUCCACGGCAACUACGCGUACUCGCGAAUCUUUUUGCACAACGAGACCAAUAACGCCUUUUUGAUAAAGCGAACGAACGGAUGUUUUUAUUAGAUCUAUAGCAGGUCCUGUGACAGAUUGACAAUGCAAAUGUUUAAAGAAUAUCGCAUUCAGAAUUUUUGUUUUAUCUCCUAGAUUAUUUUUUGCAUUUCCAUAACUUUCAAGUGAAUCAAUUAUGAAAUUUUAACUAUUUAAUCAUUGAAACUCUCUCUGUUUUUUACAUUAAAAUGGAUCUAAGGACUAAAACUAAACCGAGGCUAAACCAAACAAUAUCACGUUAAAAUCUGAAAAGAUCAGCUGGAUUAUCUUUAAAUUCACGUCUGUUGAGGCCAAAAGUAUGUAUACGAUCCAACUGCUAAUUUGCGGCGCACUGUUCUAAUGGCAUUCUCCACGUGCGAAAGUGUACUUAAAAAUAGCUCACCGACUAUAAUAUUCGCUCAACGCAUGCGAAACCAUCCAACUUUGUAUUAGAGUUUUACCGCGCCUCGUUUAAAUAACGGAGAUAUAAUUGUGAUUAUGAAUGCGAUUACGCAUGUUACUAACCGUGUAUUAAAAUGUGACCAGUUGUUUUGUUGCAGCUUUACCGAUAACGAACAUUUAUAAGAAUUCUCCCAUUUAUUUGGAGGUUUUAUCUCUCCUCCGAAUUCUUUUUUAUCUUAUUUUGAUUGAUUAAUGUGAUUUACUGUUGUGUAUAACAAUGCAAAUGUUUAAAGAAUAUCCUGAAACGAUCCUUUCAGGACACUUUAUGACAUUUAUCUUACAUUUUAUUUUUUUAGAGACUAGAUAUUCAAGCAUAUCGCGCAUGGAGAAGCGUUUAUACACGAACCUCGUUUAUGAGACUUGUAUUAUAAUUUAUUGAGGAAGUGUUUUUGUAAUAUAGUACAUAUGU